UUCUCGACGCAUGACAGUUUAAGCUCUUCCUGUUCGCUGGUGGCUAGAGGACGUUGGUGUCACAGAGGAGAGGGGCUCUUCGGGUAUUUCUGAUUUUAUUACAGUAAAAAGAAGUCACUGAAACAAAAUGUUUUCCCGUGCCGUGAGACCUACAGUUAACCUCGCUCGGAGCCUGUCCACCUCAACGCAGAGCAACGCUAAGGUGGCGGUCCUUGGAGCGUCAGGCGGCAUAGGCCAGCCGCUAUCUCUGCUUCUCAAGAAUAGUCCCCUGGUGAGUCACCUCUCCCUCUAUGAUAUUGCCCACACACCCGGUGUGGCUGCAGACCUGAGCCACAUCGAGACGAAGGCCCAGGUGACCGGCCACAUGGGUCCCGAUCAGCUGGAUGCCGCUCUGCAGGGUUGUGACGUCGUGGUCAUCCCCGCCGGUGUGCCCAGAAAACCUGGCAUGACUCGUGAUGAUCUCUUCAACACCAACGCCACCAUUGUAGCCACCUUGGCCGAUGCCUGUGCCCGCACCUGCCCUGAGGCUAUGAUCUGCAUCAUCGCAAAUCCUGUCAACUCUACCAUCCCUAUUACAUCAGAGGUCAUGAAGAAGCAUGGAGUGUACAACCCCAACAGAGUGUUUGGUGUCACAACCCUGGACAUUGUCAGAGCAAACACCUUCGUGGCAGAGCUCAAAGGCCUUGACCCAGCUCGUGUCAAUGUACCAGUCAUUGGAGGUCAUGCUGGGAAGACCAUCAUUCCGCUCAUUUCCCAGUGCACACCAAAAGUUGAGUUCCCUGCUGACCAGCUGUCUGCUCUGACAGCCAGGAUCCAGGAUGCUGGCACAGAGGUGGUGCAGGCCAAGGCUGGAGCUGGAUCUGCUACGCUCUCCAUGGCCUAUGCUGGCGCCCGCUUUACCUUCUCUGUCCUGGAUGCCAUGAAUGGAAAGGAGGGUGUGGUGGAGUGCGCCUUUGUCAGGUCUGAGGAGACAGAGUGCAAGUACUUCUCCACGCCACUUCUCCUGGGGAAGAACGGCAUUGAGAAGAACCUUGGGCUGGGAAAGCUUUCUGCCUUUGAGGAGAAGCUGGUGGCUGAUGCCAUGAGUGAGCUGAAGGCUUCUAUUAAGAAGGGCGAGGAUUUUGUUGUUAAAAUGAAGUGAACAGGGAGCAUUUAGUUAGUUGAAAGCAAACAACAGCUGUGAUUGAUAAUUGGUUCCGUCUUAACUUAAAAGGCAUCUGGGUAAACUUCAGUAUCUGUCAGUGUUUCCUCUUUUGUUUUCGUUAGCAGUAGGGGUCAUCUAGAUUCAGAAAUCAUGGUUUUAACCAUGGUCAUCUUUCUUAUGUAUCAUCUCCCUUACCUUUUCAAACAUGGCUUUAUCUUGCACUUAUGAUUUGUGUACAUACUGUACUGUGACUUAUCUAUAUUUUGCAAUUGUCAAAUUUGAACAAAUUCAUAUAUUUUCAUGUACAGUCUGCCUUUGUGAGAAUUUCUCUGCUGAAUGAAUGAGGGGGGGGAAAUACUGUCAUUUUACCCAUUGAUGCAAGUAGAUGUUACUGAUGAGCAAAAAUACUCACUCCACCAAUAAACAGUUUGGCUUUAAAAACAA